UCGGAUUGUUGUUCCAGACGGAACGCGAAGUGGCCGUUGACGCAGAAAGAUCGCCCGUGAGACAGCGGGGUUGAAAACUGCAACAGAAAAUACAAAGUUUGACCUCGGUCUAGAUAUUGGCUAUAUUCUGCAUUAGUGUAAUGUAAUUGCAGUGAAUAUUUAUGAUGGACGGAGCAAUUUCAGAGUUACCCGGUCCCACUUUCCCCAUUUCCACUCUUCGCCUCCUGGUUUCUCCGAUUCGGCUCGUGUCCGCUGCCAUCUGGCAGACUGUGGAGCAGAAGAUUGUGUCCGACUAUGGGCUACUUGAGGAGUUUGUGUUUAUGGUCACAGAGAUCGUUCCUCAACUUCUCUCCACAAGGCAGCGGGCUGAACUCAUUUUGGGCCUCAGAGCACGACUGAUCCUGGAGCUGUGUCGCUCUGACGAGACGGCCGACCUCCACAUCAUUCAGCCGCACCUCGACCGCAUGCAGAGCCUCAGAUCUCUGUGGAACGCUGAGUCUGAUGACAUAUCCGACUCGCAUUUCAUGGGUCUUGUCCGAAAUCUAUUGAGAGAUCCCGAACAGAGAUUGAACUUUUUCCAGGAUGUUUUCCCAGGGGACUUUGGGCCCACCUAUGACAAAGCAAUCCAGACACUGAUGUGGCUGUUUCUGUCCAGACUCGAAAAGCUUCUUCCAACCCAAACUCUCCAACAGAUUGCUUCACUGCUCAGUGACACUUCCUCUGUUCUGAGCGAGUGCAUGGAGACCUUCGUUCAGCCUCAGGAUCUCAAAGUUUUGCUGGACUGUCAAAAAGAUCAGAUCCAGUUAGAGGACAUUGAGUCGUACGUCGUUGAGAGUGGAAUCUUGUCAGCCCUCUGUCUCCCUCCAGCGGAAAGAGUUGUGAUCGUCAACGAGCAAACGGAAACGGAUACGGAGAGUGGCCUUGUGUACACCGUGUGCACAGAGAUGGAGGUGGAGUCCGAGAACAAAGACGUGUAUGUGGAGGGACCUGGCAACGCGGAGGAGUCGGUACAAACUCAGUGGUUCGGCCUCGGCGGUGAGGUGAAAGCAGAAAUGGACGGUGUGGUGGACGCAGACCACGGUGAGGGCGCAGAGGCCAGCGAGGGUGAAAUUGGAGACGAGCACCACGACGGACAAUCGGGGACACUGAUCAUCGGGGAGGAUGGGCAGGUGACGGUACUGGAUAGGACCGAUAAGAAACCAAACCGACGCGGAAGGAAAAAGAAGGUCCCAGUAGAUGCGGACUUUGAAGUGGAAAGCCGAGCGAAAGCCAUAAAGGCAGACCUGGAGGCCGACGUCUUUUUGGAGCGGCCAGUGCGGAAAAACCGAGGACUCAAGAUGAAGCGGUACCUGUCGCAGUGGAGGAAGUCGGGCAGCAACUCCACCAACAGCGGCCCUAAAAAGUUUGCCAGGUCGCAGGGUGCCGCUAAAAGCGGCGACCUAGAGGACAGAACGUGUAAAGUGUGCGGCAAAGUGGUCAGCCAGGCCAAGUUCCUACAGCGACACAUGAACCAGCACUCCGAGGAGCUGCCCAUCGCCUGUCCGGCCUGCAAAAAGUUUUACAAAAGUUUGCGCUACUUGCAGCAGCACAGGUGUACGGGCCAAACAAAAGUAAAGGCGGACACUAAAGACGGCGCCGACGAGGAGGGCGAGCAGUCGUCCAGUGGGGUUCCUCGCGAUGUGUCGCAGGAAGAGCAGCUGCUUGACAACAGCUCCCAGGACCCCGACUACUCCCCGUCCGCAGAAAGGUCCUCUAAGGGAUCGGGACAGAAAAGCCCAGAAGGAAGCAAAAGUGUGCUGGAAGGUCCGUUUUACUGUCCCCACUGCAGCGUGGAGUUCAAGUGCAAACAGACCUUUAGGUUCCAUUUAAGAAAUAUUUGCUACAACGAGCAGCAGGUAGACCCCGAAAAGCCGGAGGACGUAAAGCACUGCUUCAGAUGCGACGAAUGCGACAAGGCGUUCAAAUACAAAUCCACCCUGGACUCCCACAAGCAGACGCACAACCCGCUGUACUGCGAGGUGUGCAUGAAGUUGGUCCGCGACUCGGAGGCCCUGGCCCUUCACAAAGAGUCCCACACGCCGUUCCAGUGCAACCGGUGCGAGGAGAACUUCCCCGUCUUCAAGGCCCUCCACAAGCAUUACAUCGACGUCCACAACCCCACCGAGCCCUUCACCUGCACCCACUGCGAGACCACGUUCGCCAGCCUGAAGCGCUUCAUCAGGCACGAGUGGAAGCACACCGGCUACCAGCCGUUCCAGUGCACCUACUGCGCCAAGCGCUUCCGCUCCUACUCGGACCUGGUGGAGCACCACAAGAAGCACACCAAGGCGUACCCGUUCCUCUGCUGGGAGUGCGGCAAGAAGUUCCGGCACGGCGUCACGCUGACGCGGCACGUGGAGCGCGUGCACAACUCCGGGGAGCCGGUGAGCGAGAAGCCCACCGCCAUCUUCACCUGCGCCCAGUGCGGGAAGACCUUCACCUCCAGGAGGUGCCUCCUCAAGCACGACAACUUCCACCACAAGGGGCUGCGCUUCCCGUGCGAGCACUGCGGCAAGGGAUUCUUCGGGAAGGACGCCUUGGUGCGGCACACGCUGAUUCACACGGGGGAGAGGCCCUUCAAGUGCGAAGACUGCGACAAGUCCUUCAGGUCGGCCGCAGAGCUGAAGAUACACCGGAGGUACCACACGGGGGAAAGGCCCUUCAAGUGCAACAUCUGCGAGAAGGGUUUCGUCCAGUCCUGUUUCCUCACCCUACACAUGCGAACCCACACUGGAGAGAGGCCUUACGUCUGCGCAGUGUGUAGCAAAGGCUUUUCAAGUUUGCAUGGCCUAAAAAGACACAGAAGACUGGUUCAUGCUUAGAUAAGAUAGAGAUCAUACUAAUUCUAUAAUGGACUUAAACAGGCCUCCUGUGAAAGAGUUGAGCAUCACAUUAUCAGAACCUUAGGAAGAGGAAGAUUGAACCUAUAUGUUAAAGGACUCUACAGUGUGGAUACCUACCAGGAUGGGGACUUAAACCAAUUCAAAGACAUUUUCCUUGCAUUGUUUCAGUCCCAUCUCUGGUUGCCCUUAGCUUGGAUUGUUAAAAAAACAUGUAAUUGUAUUGCAUUAUAAAAGUGUAUCUUUGUAUUUUUUACAAACAAGUUUGCUGUAGUUCUGCAUAAGAUUUGUACAUGUAAAUUACUUAAAAUUUAAUUCCUUUAGGAAUUGAUUUUCUUUUUUCUUGAAUAAAAAUUCCAAGUGUCACUUGUGUGAAAGUAUUCUCUUCCCCCUCCAUGUAGAAUAGUUC